AUUUGUAUCUCCAGUUGCGACUCCGAACUUGAGUGAAAUUCAUCCUGUGAUAUCGGGAAUUAGGAGAAGUGAUUGCUGCGUGGAAUCAGGUUCAUAAUAUACGAGCCCGUCUUCAUCAACCGGCAGUGCUUCUCAAAAUUACUAGUCAUUCACCGACCGGCCUUCACAGAGGAUUAUUUAUUGGGUAUGGCUGGAAUUUGGAUGGACAAGGCGAUAGAGGACCGAAUGAAUCUAUGGCUGACCCGGGUCUUGGUCAUUGUGAGCUUCACGGCGCAUCUUACCCUGGCCCUACUAGCCGGGAUCCGCCGGCGUAGGCACUCCGGCGUGUGGAGGUCUCUGGUGUGGUUGGCGUAUUACGUGACCGAGAUAGGCACACCAAUCGCCCUUACCAAGGUGUUCAUCGACACCGCAUCUGUGGAUACCGAGCAGGAGCUCAAGGCGUUGGUCGCAUACAGAGAGCAGCAGAUGUUUGCGUUCUGGGCGCCGUUUCUGCUGCUCCACCUUGGUCGCCCGGACAACAUCACCAGCUACGCCUUGGAGAACAAGGGGCUGUCGCCGACCCAGAAGGCCGUUCUCAUCCUUGCAAUCGCAGGAGCCAUCUGUGGCUCAUACAAGCAAAGAUUUAUGCGCGGGGAUGGGGCUCUGCGCGCCGCAUUCUUCAUCAUGCUCUUCUUGGGUUCCUAUAAGUAUGUGGAGAGGGCAGUUGCGCUACGGCGAGCUUCCUUCGACAGCAUUCGCCGCUCAAACCGGAGGAAGAUGUUGAAGCAGUUCAGUUCUAAGGGCAAAGCCCGAAAGCAGGAUAAUGAUAACGCCCUGCUUGAUGCUCACGGCCUUCUGGGCGUCACCAUGGGCGCCUUCGCUGACUAUCAAGUCGACUGCAGGAGGUAUGUCCCAUCUUAUUCUGGUUGUAAGGAUGUGAGCAAGGUGGUUGAGAUGGAGGUGUCACUCAUGUACGACGUGUUAUACACUAAGGCAAGCGUGAUCCACACAUGGGGUGGCUACAUCAUCCGUCUGGUCUCGCCGCCCGCCACUGCCACGGCGCUCUAUCUCUUCCACAGUAAAGACGGCCAGGCGAUGGAGAGUGCAGAUCGGACGAUCACAUACACCUUGCUUGCUGGUACCUUGUUGUUGGAUGUGAGAUGGCUGCUCAGAGCACUAGGGUCCACCUGGACCUAUGCAUUCUUGCUUGAUAGUACAGAUCAGGAGGAUGGAAGCAAACAAGGGCUGCUUCUGGGUCGCCUCCGCUGGAACCUCCUGGCCAGUUUGCUGUGGCUGGGCCGCCUCAAGAAGGCAGGUCAUCGUCGGUCUGUAAGGCAUUCAUGGUAUUGGCUCCGUCGCCUCCUGGUCUCUCUGGAUCCGUCCCGGCUCCCACUGAGAAGCGGCCCAAGUGGCCACAGGUUGUUGCCGGGCUCGGCAGUCGGACAGCACAACUUGUUGCAAGAGUGCAGUGCUCAGGGUGGACUGGAGAAGAUGAUCUCUUAUUUUUGCGCUGGACAGGGGAAGAAGAAGAUUGAUGUCAAGGAUGUCUUGUUGGAAGUUAUGUGUACAUAUCUGGUGCUGGAAUUGGAGACAAUGGCUUGGAUGCGUCCCACGGGGGAAGUUGAUGAUUAUAUGAGGACUAAUAGCAAGAAAUUAAAUUUCCAGAAGAACAUCAUCGCGCUGCACGUCGCCACGGACAUUUUCCUCUUGUGCAGGACAAAGUCCCAAAGGAGAGAAAGUAGAGCAUCAGCCAAAGACGAGAAGAAGAUCCGAGCGUUGUCAAAUUACAUGAUGUUCCUCCUCGCGCAACGCCAGCACAUGGUAUUGCCACCGGGUGACGAGGCCGGCGACUACAAAAAGGCCUGCCUCGAUUUGAAGGAAAUAUGGCGUGAAAGAGGAGGAGCCAGCGGUUCUCUAACAACCCCAAGAGAGACCGAGCUUGCCAACAUCCUUCUGAAGAUGAAUGCAACCGAGGGCAGUAGGUACAACACUGAGGGCAGUAGGUACAACACCUACGGCGAAUCAAGUCUCCUUUCCGAGAGAAACGAAACUCUUGCGCUUGGUGCUGGCUGGGCCUUGAAGCUGUUACAUCAGCUGGACCCGGCAGCAGAUUAUGGACGGCAUCAGACGCGGGUCCAAGACAUUCACAAACUUGAAGACUUUAUUCCGGCAUUCACUGAUGAGACACAAACCGUAAUUGAACGGUACAGGGACCGCGGGGAACGAUGGGAACUCCUCGAUUAUAUGUUGCAGCUCAUUCUCGUUUCAUGGGUACGUCUUCUCAGCUUCACGUCCGGCCAAUGCAGCAGGGAUUCCCAUGCCAAGCAGCUCAGCCGCGGCGGUGAGCUCUUAACCAUCGUCUGGAUGAUGAGUCGACACAAGAAUAUAUAUAUUCCAAGCCAAUAAAAUGACCAGCAUCGUAUAUCCUCUCUGCUCACUAUUAAAUUUUUCGGCAGUAUUAUUAUUGUCCUGGUGUAGAAGUAGGACUCCUGCAGAUAUAUCCGAAUCUGCUAAUGUAGUUGUCACUUGUCAGGCCUAUUCUAAAUUGAAAUUUCCGUUAUCUAUUAUCCCUCUUAUUACUGGAAUCGCACCGUGAGCUUAUGUCUU